AUGGACGCCCCCGCAUCGAGCGCCGACGCGCCGCUUAUCCCAGCGCAACUCCCGCCUUCUGCUCCUCCGGUGAGGGGUGCGGAGGCGGGCGCGGGCAACGGCGGCGGCAGUCUGGCUGCUAGCGGCGAGGCCCAUGUGCCGGUCAAGGCCGGCAGCCCUGCGCGCAAGGUCGACGAGCAGGAGGGCACAGGCAACAGCAACGACAUGGACGAGGAGGAAGAAGAGGAGGAGGAGAGCGCGGCGUCUUCUGCGAAGAUCUCGCCUCUGCACACCAACGACCGGCCCGUCCGAGAGGACGAGGCCAUGGAAGAAGCCCCCAUCCGGGAUCCUCUGCACGAGCGCACGCCAAGCGUCACGGCUGCGGUGGCCAGCCUGCUGUCGUUCGAUGAGGUGAUCGACUUCAAGGCGUUUGGCAUCCUCUCGUCAACCCAUCCGGGAUCUCAAGAAGUUGUCAACAUCCUGCCUUCACGCCACGUUCUCCCGCCCAAGCGGCCUGGUGACGGCAACUCCUACCUGGAGGGGUAUGGCGGCACGGAGGCGUUAGCAAUCUUCGACGGCUUCUCCGCCCAGGACCUCCACGACUUGGGUAACCUGGUUGGCAGCCAGACGGAGCUGCGCAAUAACUUGCUGCGCCCGCAUGCCAACCGGGAGUCUCCCAGGCUGCCGCAGCUCGACCACUUUGAACUCGUUGCUUUCCCAGUCGGGCGCUUCGCGGAAAAGUUGUUCUUCACGACGUCUCUGCUUCAUCGCAUCCUCGACCGGGCACGGCGUGGCGACAUCCCCAUUCAAGGGCCGGUUGAGGUAUCUCCCGGCGGGGGCGCCACCCUGCAACAGCGUUACGACAGGCUUGUCGACGAGCACCGGUUCCUGCAGAUGUAUCACCAGCGUGAGGUGGCUGCACUCCGGGCGGAAAAGGUGGAGCUCCAAGCCCAGCUGGAGAAAGACUUCGCCUUGGCGGUCACUGAGGCUGAGGCCAAGCUCGAGCGCGCGAUUCUGGCCGUCCACCGUCUGCGUGUUACCAGCCAGGAGGAUGCUUUCAACACCGACCGGCUGAUGCAGUUCCUGAACCAAGGCGGGGCUGCCACUCGCGGUCGGUGGCGUAGGCUGGUGCGUCUGCUUCGUCACUUCCAACGGGGGUCCACGCCUCCCGCGCACUGGGUCACCAACAUCACCGUCGAGGCCGCUGACCGUCCGUUCAGGAUGAUCCCGCCCUAUCCGGGCCCAGUCGACCCGGACGUCGAGGACGACGAUGAUAACUACCAGGCGGGCAGCGGCAACGGCGACCAGGAUGGUGAUCGUGAAGAGAAGUCGGAGGACAAUCCGCCCACUCCUCUCCGUUCGGAUUUCCCACCUGCAGAUGGGUCUCCGUCCAAGCCCAGGCGGCGUACGUCCAAGGGGUCCCGUUCGGGGUCAUGUCCACGCGGUAUGGCCGAGCUUUCCAGCAAGCGUGGGCCGGUGUACGUCCAAAUGCGACCCACGGUCCACCCGGGAUCUGAUUUGCUCCCUCUGUCGCCCCAGACGGACUUCAAGCGCCUGAUUUCCGACUGUGCUGCAUCCCUGCCGGAGUUUUUCCCUUGGUCGGAUGUCCGGCUGGAUGUCCAGUUCGUCAUGCGGAUGGACCAUGGGUACGAAGAGGCCUUGGACAUCCUCCGUCAGGAUUGUCCGGCCCACCAGUAUUUCCCAAAGCCUUGGCUGCUGGCAAUGCUGGUCAAGAUGGUGUACCAUGGCACCCUGGACGACACCCUCUGGACGCGUCAUGCCCCCGAGACCUUCUACAAGAUGGCUGAGGUCAUGCUCCAGGGACGUCUCCGGUCGGGUUUGUAUCCGGAGGAGUUUCCGCCACUGCGCAACUUGGCCGAGGAGGCUGCUGCCGAGAUGGAGAUCGUCGAAGUUGACGGCUCCAGUGAAAGUGACGACUCUCGUGACUCCGACUACGAGGACAAGGCCAAAACAUCUCCAUCUGGGAAGAGCGCGGAUGGGCCAUCCAAGGCGGAGUCCAUUGACGAGAGCAGCUCGUCGGACAGCGACACCGAUGAGGAGCAGCCGUCCAAGCCCAAGCGCAACCCCAAGCGGAACCGCGUUCAGGCAUCUUCGGACAACUCCUCUGAGGACGAGCUCCAGUCGUCUUCCUCAUCCCAGCGUCGGUCUCCUCGGUUGUCGUCCCAGAAGGAACCCCGGUCGAAGUUCGCGCUGCAGGAUAAACCUGAUCGACCUUCGUCCAAGAAGAACCCCAAAAAACGCAGCCGGACGUCGAAACCCACACGGGAGGGUGGCAAGUCGCCCCUGGCACAGAAGUCUUACGAGGACCUGAACAGCAGGGAAUUGGCGAUCAUCGAGACCCCAUCUGGGGACAUUGUCUCGUGGCGUCGUCGUGGUGUCGGCACUCGUUUCUCUCCGAAGAAAGGUGGCAUCGAGGGCCAGACGCCUGGGUUUCCUAACUACGCACCUCAGCAGCCUGAUACCAAGUACCUGGCCAGGCGUUGGCCUCCAGUCGAAGAUGAGUAUGCGGCCCUGGUCGAGAAGGAACCCUGCCUGGAGAUGUUUAACAACCGGGUCAAGGUCAUGUACUUCCACCGCCGGGACCAACUAUCCCCAGCUGUGAUCCGCAUCCUGGACCAACAUGUGGAGUACAUGAAGGAUCACCUUCCAGCCUUCUGGCACAUCCUGCACUGGUUCAUGAUGAUGACCAAGCCUGAAGACGACGAGAAGUGCGACGACCUCACGAUCUACGAACGGGCUCAAGAUCUCCACCGCAAGCGCCAGGCGCUCCACGACGGGGUUGCGCGCACCUUCGAGGCCCGCAUCAAGCGUCUGAUCAAGGCCGGCAUGCCGAAAACGAUGGUCUGGGAGCCUGGAUUCUGGUUGUACCCGUGCAAGAUCUGCUACCUGUACUUGGUCGACGAAUCAACCAAGAAGGACGAUGGCACGCGUUACACCCUGGCUGACCAGAUCGCGAUGGCCGAACUCGAAGACCCCGGCCGGACUCAGUGGACUACCUGUACGGAUGACGAGCGUCUGGCGCACGUCCCAGCCAAGAUCGUCGACAAGAUGCUGCUUCCAGAGCACGAGCGCGUCAACAACUGGGUCUCGACCAAGUUCCAGUGA